AGGAUUUAUUUGAAGGGAAAUCCUCUGUAUUCCAGUCAGUAAUAGCGCACCGGAGCGGAGCGCGCGGGGAGGGAGGCGGAGCGCGGUGCAUGACGGGACGUGGGUGUGAUCUCCAUCAGCCGCCCGCUGACCUCUGACAGCAAACACGGAAGCAGCAUGGCGUCAAACAGCAGCAGCAGCACCGCACAGCAGAGACUCAGGAUCAUAGCCGGACAUUUGCAGAAACGGCCAGAAGAUGAAAACGCGAGCGUCGCUGCGCAGGAGUGCAAAGCCGAGGCGCCCCGGUCCGAGCCGAGCAGCGCGACACCGGUACCGAGGAGGAGACAGGAGAUCAUGAAGUGGAAUGGCUGGGGUUACAGUGACUCGAGGUUCCUCUUCACUAAAAAGGGUCAAGCAGAGUUCACAGGGAAACGGUAUCGGUUGAGUGGGCUGAUUUUGCCAAGUCUGAAGGACUGGUUUGAGGGCACGUUUGGCGCCAAUUUACAGCACAGAUCUCCUGCGACACCCAGUCUGAAUUUAAGUGCAGUUGCUCCUCCUAACCUGAACCAGCCCUUCGUCGAGGAUCUGAAAGCUGCGGGUCUGGUCGUGUCACAUGACCCAGAGGACCGGGUUUUCCGAGCUCAUGGUCACUGCCUGCAUGAGGUCUUUGCCCUUCGCGAGGGGAGGAUAGGACGGGUGCCCGACAUGGUGGUUUGGCCGAGCUGUCACAGUGAUGUGGAGAAGAUUGUGGAGCUGGCCUGCAAACACAACGUCUGCUUGAUACCAUAUGGAGGUGGGACGAGCGUGUCCAGUGCUCUAGAAUGCCCUCGUGAGGAGACUCGCUCCAUUGUCUCUUUGGACACAUCUCAGAUGUCCAAUAUUCAUCUUAAGGAUGUCUUUAUUAUGAGGUGUACGGCUGUCACGCUCACACUCCAUAUCGUGAGUCUGACCGCAGGAUCUGAAACGCUCCAUAAGGCUUCAACUCCACUGUGUUUAUCCAGAAACACAUUUCCUGUGAGGCUGUUGAAUGAGCAUGGUUACUGUACGGGCCACGAGCCGGACUCUAUGGAGUUCAGUUCUCUGGGCGGCUGGGUGGCCACACGGGCGUCAGGCAUGAAGAAAAACAUCUACGGCAACAUUGAGGACCUGGUGGUGCAUAUAAAGAUGGUGACCCCUAGAGGAGUGAUUGAGAAGAGCUGUCUGGGGCCCCGCAUGUCCACCGGCCCCGACAUACAUCACUUCAUACUGGGCUCAGAGGGAACUCUGGGAGUGGUGACUGAAGUGACACUGAAGAUCCGACCCCUUCCUGAGUAUCAGAAGUACGGCUCCGUUGUCUUCCCAAACUUCCAGCAGGGUGUGGCGUGCCUGAGAGAGGUGGCCAGACAGAGAUGCGCUCCAGCAUCCAUUCGGCUAAUGGACAACGAGCAAUUUCAGUUUGGUCAUGCACUCAAGCCACAAGUGUCCUCCAUGUUCACGUCAUUCCUGGAUGGGUUGAAAAAAUUCUACAUCACAAAGUUUAAAGGCUUCGACCCACAGCACCUGUGUGUCGCGACGCUGUUAUUUGAAGGGGAUCGUGGGAAGGUUUUGCAGCACGAGAAACAGGUUUACGACAUCGCAGCCAAAUUCGGGGGUCUGGCAGCAGGAGAGGAUAACGGUCAGAGGGGUUACAUGCUGACGUUUGUCAUCGCGUAUCUGCGGGAUUUGGGAAUGGACUACUAUGUGAUCGGAGAGUCGUUUGAGACGUCUGUGCCUUGGGACAGGGUUUUGGACUUGUGCAGGAAUGUGAAGGAGAGGAUUGUAAGAGAGUGUAAGGAGAGAGGUGUACAGUUCCCUCCUCUCCCUCUUUCUAGAGUUACACAGACGUAUGAUGCAGGUGCUUGUGUGUAUUUCUAUUUUGCCUUUAAUUACCGGGGUCUGAAUGAUCCGGUUCACGUCUAUGAACAAGUGGAGCAUGCAGCCCGGGAGGAGAUUCUAGCCAAUGGAGGAAGUCUGUCUCACCACCACGGAGUGGGAAAACUCCGGAAGGAAUGGAUGAAAGAGAGCGUGUCUGGCGUGGGGCUCGGCAUGCUCAAGUCGGUGAAGGAGUAUGUGGACCCUCAGAACAUUUUUGGCAACAGAAACCUGUUGUAAUUCACUAACACACUCUGUAUUCAUGCGUUUUCUAUUAUCUUCUAGUCAUAUUUGAUUUAAACUUCAUAUUCCUGUGUUUCUUGGUGUGUGCGCACUAAGUCGAUAAACCGUUCCUCUGUUUCCCAUUAACACCAUCCUCUUGCGUUAUUGUCACCUUUGACCUUUGACCUCAUCUGUAGUGAGGUGGCAGGACUGGAGCUCCUCUUCGAUCACGUGACUUCAG